AUGUCAAGCAAUCGUUAUCUCGACCUGGAAAGCCACCAAUCCACUUCGGCUACCCGUCCAACCUUGAACACCAGCCAGCCCCAGGCUCCCGAGUCGUCAAAUAACUCCAACGCAUCCAAGGCCAGGAAGAGGAAGGGCCAUCGCGGUGGCAGAAAGAAGCGAACGCGCAGAAAGAGCUUCGCCGCCUUGGACGAUGAUGACCAUGAUGAGGCUCGCGAAGCAUCUGGGGAGGGUUUCUUCAACCUCCCUAGAGCCAAUCUGAGCAAUACCAGCAUCGACAGUGAAACACUCUUAGAUCAUCGAGAUCAUCAACCCUUGCGACCCAGGCGAACUUCAACCGCACCAACCUCUACAGGUGUCCCAGCCUCACCUUUUUCAGGCUCGGCUGUCAAUCGCCUGCGAUCAAUACCAGCGGCAUCUAUCGAGGAAGAAAACCCGCAAUGGGACGAAAACGCACCUUUACUCGGUGAAUCGGUGACUUCUGGUUACGGCGCAAGCGAUGCAAGGUCAAACAUGACGAGAAGCCGUCGCGCAUCCAAUAAAUCUUCGACAACGCGCCUGGGAACCUCGUCUGGCCACAGGGACGGUUACGAUAUCAACGCCCCUCCUUCAAUGCCAGGCUCCCCCACCUUCGGCACUGCCGACCGUAUAGAACUGAGCUUGGGGGAUGUUAUGAUACGAGAUGGUCUUGGGGCAGCUCGCGACGAUUCCCCGCACCGCUUAAUGGGCGAAAUUGACGGGCUCUCUGACGUUGAUGGCAUGAAUGACAAUCGCCCUGAUAUGGGACGACGAUUACCAACCGGGGCUGAGCAGGAUGUUUGCUUUCCUGCUCCUGGAAUGUCCGAGCUCGGCGAUGAUGACAUGCACUCGCAGGCUCAUGACAACCGCCAGUAUCGAACGCGUCGCCGUCGCGGUCAAUGGCCCGACUUGUCUGUAUUGGAAGAAUGGAGUCAUAUGGAGAAAGAGGACCGGACAGAAGAACGUCGCGUAAAGAGGAUAACUGAACCACAGCUUAUCAAUGGCCGAUUGCGUCCAGUACGCAAGGGAUGGUACCAGACAGACGAAGAGACCCCUUACCGAUUCACAUACUUCAACGAAGAGUUCCAAAGCACAAUUCAUAGCCAGACUAUUUCUGAGCUGGUGCAACCUGGAGGUGGAUUCCGGGAGCUCUUUCUUCCAGACCCUCCGAUACUUUCAGACGAUGAGUCUGACGAAGACGACAUGGAUCCUAUGUCCCUGCCUACCAGGUUCCGAAAUCAGAGUGGCGGAACAGAGACCAACUCCAAGGUCCACACACGUCAGCCGUCACUAUCGACAAUGCAUGAUCACCCUGAGUUGCGUGAAGGCACUACGUCUCCGUUUAAGGAUCAUCUGGCGCAUGCAGCCUCAAUAGAUGAAUCGGGUCAAGCGACGCCUACUGGCCGGAAAUCUGCAGAUGAGAACGCCAACAACUCUCAAAAUACCAGCGGGGAUUCGAGAGAGAAAACCAUCAGAUACGGUGACAGGCCGGUCUGGUGGCUCGAUGUCCUCUGUCCAACCGAGCCUGAGAUGAAAGUUAUAUCCAAGGCUUUCGGUAUUCACCCACUUACUGCAGAGGACAUCAUGCUCCAGGAGGCUCGUGAGAAGGUUGAGCUUUUCCGGCAUUAUUACUUUGUUAAUUAUCGAUCAUUCGACCAAGACAACAACAGCGAUAACUUCCUCGAGCCCGUGGAUAUGUAUGUUGUUGUCUUCCGCGAAGGUGUAUUGAGCUUCCAUUUUUCAAAGACACCUCAUCCCGCGAACGUCCGUCGCCGAAUUCGCCAACUGAAGGAUUACCUCAUCCUUUCUUCUGACUGGAUUUCAUACGCUCUUAUUGACGAUAUCACGGAUGUCUUCGCUCCGCUGAUACAAAAUAUCGAGGACGAAGUAGACGAGAUCGACGACGCCAUUCUGAAAUUGCAUUCAUCUUCCGAUAAGAGAAUUAGCGAGGACUCUGCUAAGAAUGAUGAUGCACUCACGGCCUCAGACCCGAGCACGGAUAUGCUUAGGCGAGUGGGAGACUGCAGAAAGCGAGUUAUGAGUCUAUACCGAUUGCUAGGUAACAAGGCAGAUGUUAUAAAGGGGUUUGCCAAGCGCUGCAACGAACGCUGGGAGGUUGCACCGCGAUCUGAGAUUGGUCUAUAUCUUGGUGACAUUCAGGAUCACAUCGUCACCAUGACUGCUAAUCUGGGCCACUAUGAAAAGAUUCUGGCGCGCUCUCACGGUAACUAUCUUGCGCAGAUCAACAUACGAAUGAACGAGCGCCAAGAGCAAACGGCUGAUGUCCUUGGUAAACUUACUGUUCUCGGUACAAUUGUGCUACCCAUGAACAUAAUCACUGGUCUGUGGGGUAUGAACGUUUGGGUUCCAGGCCAGGAGUACGAAGGAGAUCUUACGUGGUUCUUCUGGAUCACCGCCGGUCUCCUGUUCUUUGGCUUGGCGUGCUUCAUGAUUGCAAAGAGAGUAUAUAACAUUGUUUAA